UCGUUGGAUUUUUUAUACAAUAUAGCUAUGAAUACUAAAGUUUAAUAUUUAGUCUAAAAUAUUAUAGUGCUAGAACCAUUGCACUCUCUUUGUGUUCCUGAGCUAGACGGGUGAUUUAAACUUUGGUGGUUUAAUUGUAAUUAAAACUACGUUAUCAAAGGUUGAUUACCUCUGGAAAAGAACGGUACAAAGUACCUAGAGUCCGAGAGAGCUAUCAACAAUUUAAAAACAUACAUGAAGUUGUAUGUAUAUUUGAGUGCAAAUAACACAAGCACAAUCAACAAUGACCUUCAUUAUAUUGCAAAGUAGAUAGUGGCAAACAUUAUAAAAAUAAUGCAAAAUGACAACGGAUCCUAUGGUAGUGCGAGUGAUCUACUGGACAGCCAUGUGCUGGGCAACAACAAGCUGUGCGAGCCCACCAUGGAGCGAUCCACCAGCCUCGGCGCCAACAGCGUCGAUAUCGGAGAAAUCACAGAAUCUCCGGACACUGAAUAUAUGAGUACUUCGGCUAUUUUACACUACUGUAAAUCUAAGAUUUUACUGCCCUAUUUGAAGCUGUUAACGAUAAUGGGUCUGAGGCCAGUGGUGGACGCGUCCAAUUCAUCCAAGUGCGCCAUCUGCCUGUCGCACUUCCACUCGACGCAGGUGGCCGUCUUCAUGUGCUUAGGGUAUAUCCUCCAGUACAUGGCUUGUUUCAGACGUGACAGAGGUUUCUGCUACAAGCUAGUCCCUUUAGCUUUAACCUCGUCACUGGAAUACGAGACUUACAAAGAAGUAUGUUACGGUAACGUUACCUUCACGUACAUCGGGCCAAGCAUUCUCCAUUUUGUCGGAUUCCUCUACGCUUUGUACCUCUUCCGGAUAUCUGACAACGAACAACUGCAAAAUUUGAUGGAAAGGGUGUUCCUCCUAUCAUCCUACGCUCCGCAAGGCGCGCAAACGACAGCGAAACCGAAGAAACUGUUGCGAAUGUUGUGGUUCUUCAUCAUCCUCAGCGUACUGUGGAUGUGUCUGUCGCUGGUUUCUGUCAACCUCAUGAUGGCCAAGGGCACUAUCAUGUUCCGAUGGGUCGAGACCAGUUCACACGAGACCAUGCUAGCGCUGAAGGUGCUGCUGAUAGUAUGCACGUUGAUCCACGACAUGGUGCAAGCAACGAUUAUCACCAGCUACUGCCUGCAGGCGCAGUUGUUGCAAGCACAUCUUAUGUUCCUCAAGGAGCGGCUGCUUAAUAGGACCAUCACGCCGCUUAAUUGGAUGAGGGAGAUAGCAGAAUUCCGCAAGCUACUCAAGUACUUGAACGACGACUUAGCACCGGCGGUGUGUCUGUUCACGAUCGUGAACGUGUCGUGGGCGGCGUCGGGCACGUUGUGGCUGCUCAAUCUGGACCACGUGGACACGGAGACGGAGCCCAUCGCCGGCAUCAGCGUACUCAAUCUGCUGCUCUGGAUCUCUGCUGUCACAGUGCCUUUUGUUCAGGCAGCAAGAUUAUCCAAAGAAUGUCGCCGCACCCAGUCAGUGGGACACGAGUUGUGCGUGCGACCGUUCCUGCACCAAGACACUCCACAAGAAGACAUCACGACUAUAAUGCUGUACACUUCUUCACUCAAACUACGUGCUAAGCUCUUCCACUACCCCAUCGCCGGUCGAUACGUAUGUCUCAUACUUACAGUAGGUACUAUAGUGCUAUUUUCACUAGGAAUGUGCCACUUUUUACAAUAAUACAGCCGAGAACUUAAGACUGAGAUAGUACACGUACUUAUUACUUGUUAGGGUAAUAGUUUGAAGACUCCAAUAGUUUGUAGUGGACGCUCAAUAACCAUCUCAGGAAGAUAGGGUUGUCUGGAGUGCGAUUUACACUUCGAAUCUGCAAUAACGAAACUGGCGUAGCGAAAUCACGUUCUGAUUCGAAUUUCAUUUAAUAUGUUUCAAGAAACAUUCGAAGACUGCGCUCACGAUUUGAACAUUUUGUGUUUACUUAAUCGAAAUCCAAGAUCUUCCUCAAAAAUAAUGUGACCAUUAAAAUUUUAUUAUUUUGAAUGUAUGUAAAUAUAUUUUUAUAAGUUUUUAAAAAUAAUUAAUCAAUCUGAUAAACCUAGUCACAAUAUGUUUGUGAUGUGUAAGCAAUUUUAUCCAAAAUGGGAUAUCUUUUCUACAGAAGGGAAAGGAUUACUUUAAGGUUUUAUAUAAUUACUACAAUGUUAAUAAUAAUAAAUACUAUUAUUUAAUUUA